CCCUCCCCUGUCCCCUCCCCGCCCCCUCUGGGCCCCGGCGGCCGCAGCGCGGGUGGCCCGAGCCCAGCACGUGUCCCGUGUGUGUCCCGUGUGUGUCCCGUGUGUGUCCCCGCGCUGUCCCCGCGCUGUCCCCGUGUCACAGACAACCUGUCCUACAUCGAGCACAUCUUCGAGAUCUCGCGCCGGCCGGACCUGCUGACCAAGGUGGUGCAGUACCGCACGCAGGUGCUCAAGAUCUCCGAGGAGGACGAGCUGGACACCAAGCUCACCCGCAUCCCCAGCGCCAAGAAGUACAAGGGUGAGACGGGAC